AUGUACAAGUCUCAAAAACGUUCGCCAUGGCUUUGGCUGGCUUUGGCCACGGUUGUAACACUCCUCUCCACAUCCAGUGAAGUCGUUGACGCCUUUGCUGCCAAGAAGAAACCAAACAACAAGAAAAAGAAAGGAGGCAACGCUGCCUCCAAUCAAAAAGGUUUUGGUGCCGCUCCACCCACUCUCGAAGAAGUCACUGCCAAAUUCAAGACGCGGUUACCCGAUGACGCAGGAGCUGUGCCUUGUCCCUGUGGCGCUGGCCCAACCUACGCCGAUUGCUGCGCUCCGUAUCACCAGCAAGAAAGAUUUCCAGAAUCACCCCUGCAAGUGUUGCAGUCACGAUACUCGGCCUUUUGCUAUCGACUGGUACCCUACAUUAUUCAGACGACGCAUGCGACUUGCCGUGAUUUUCGCGACAACAAGGUGACAUGGGCCAAAGAUUUAAACCGAGAUGGAAUGUUCGAUUCCUUUGAUUUUAUUGAGCUGCAACCAGGACCUGAAGAAAUUGUUGGCAGCAAGGCUUACAUUGACUUCACUGUCAGGAUGCGGUCCAGAGAUGGAGAACAGCAAGAGACGAUUGUUUCUGAAAAAUCACUGUUUUUGAUUGACCCAGACACUCAGAUAUGGUCGUACGCCAGCGGGGAAGUAAGGUCGGGAGUUCAAGGGCUGGAAGAUACCAUCUUGAAUCAAUAA